AUGCCAGCUCAGUAUGCAAAGUUUUCUUUUUCACUCGCAGACGUUACAUGUUUUGCUGAAACCGAUGAAACCGAUGAAACCUUUUUGACUAAGAGUAGGAUAUGGCAGGAUACAUUGAGCCUUCCGAGAAGUGCCCAGCUGCAGUGCAUUGCCUUCGCAUUUAGCCUACUUGGCUCAGAGAGUGUUACCACUUCGUCACUUUGGCCCGUGAGUCUUGGACAGAUUGACGCCAUGAGGGUGUGGCGAGUGUGCUUCCUUGCCUUGCUCUGCUCUGCAGGACUCGCAGUGCGAACUCGGCAUGGCAACACAUCAAAUUCAUCAAAGCCGGCUUCAAAGGUUCGGCCUCAGCUGCAGCUGAGCUUUGGCGGCAUUGUUGAGCUCAGCUCAGAUGGCUCCCAGCGGAUGAAGAUCUUGGCAGAGGAGUCCAAGCUGAUGAUCAUCAUGGAGGCGUUGAAAGCAUCCAAUCACUCAAACCCGACGGCAGUGCCCAACGACCGCACCAUUGUCGAUGUGAGUGGCUUUGCCAGGCAUGAACAUCAGCAUUUCUUCAAUGAGACGGUCUGCUAUACAUUUGACCUCUUCCCUGGUGAAGGAGUGAUGCUUCCAAGCCAGUGGCAGUGGAAACAUUUGGCAUCCCAUGGUCAGCUAUUUCGGAAUGACAAGGAGGAGGACAAGGACGACGAUGAAGAAGAGGAGAAGCCACCCGAGAACCGGAGCGAUGACAUCAACGCCACCGAGAAGAGCAUCAUGAUGAAAAAGGAAAUCAAGAAGUUGAUUUUCUUGAGUGCGAUGAGUGAUGUUUUUGGAGCUCCCCUUCAGUUCUACGACCGAGCCUCUGCAGUGGAAGGAGUGCAGCAGAUAGCAGGGAAACAUUGCACAGUUUGGCAAUUGAAUGAAUCCAGAACAAUGCGUAUGGGCCGCCUUGUCGAGGCCGGUGAUGGGACCGAGGGAUGCUCCGAGCUGGUCAAUGCAAGCUGCAAAGCUGGGGAAUGGGCAUCUUUGUUUCUAAGGCAUUCUCUUGGUGAUCGGCCCAGCAUUCAACUCCAAUCCUUACUCACACAGAGGGCAGGCCUUGGCAGAGGUCUGGCCACUAUGACGGCAAUCUUUGAUUUCUGCGUCACCGAGCAAGGGGAGUUGUUGUCAACUGAGGCUUUGUACAAGCUCACUUACCAGCGGAAGGCAGAUGAGACUCACAAUGAGACUCGCAGGACCAAUCAAUCAGCGGUUGCCUCCCGUGCAGUAAGUCGCCAGGAGGCCGAGGAGGCUGGCAGCUACACGGUCUUCGAGCGGAAGUCAGGGAGUAAGUUGAUUCAAGCACUUCCGAGGCCCAAUGGUCUUGAACUUUCGGCGACCUUUGGGGUGGCUGGUGGGGAGUGCGUGAACUUGAAGCAGGGCCGCGUGGGGCAGAAGGAGCUGGAUGCCGAGUUGAAUGGAAAAGAUCGCUUGCAGCGGAUUAAUCGCGAGGCCUCUGGUCAUUGGGAAACCGAUGCCUAUGACUUUUGGGAUGGUGUGAAGGUCAAGGAGAUGCUCCCGUCGCUGGGCACCGAGAUGGGGCCCUUGAAGCUUCCGCUUCGGAGCGCGCCAGCGAGCUUUCUGCGGAACGGCUCCUCGCCCCCCGAGUCCUUCGAUGCGCGAGCGCACUGGCCGAAGUGCAACUCCAUCGGCCUCAUCCGAAAUCAGGGGCCCUGCGGAUCGUGCUGGGCUGUGGCUGCAGCAACGGUGAUGACUGAUCGCUUUUGUGUUGCAGCCAUGCAGCACCAGAGCUGGAUGCAGAUCGCGGCUUCUGAUGAUCAGCUCGAGGAUUUGGAAGCUCUUUGCCUGUCUCCGGAACUGAUGGUGCAGUGUGAUGAUACCAACAAUGGAUGUGGUGGCGGCCGUUUGGACGAUGCCUGGAUCUUCCUGAAGAACCACGGGAUUCCCAAGGAGACUUGUGCUCCCUACAUGCAUUGCCCUGUGCCCAUCCAACGAUCCUGCGAGUACGGCUGGGAGAAGAGGCCUUUCAUCCCUUUGACUGCGACAGCUGAACAGAAGAAGGAGAAGAAGAUUUGCUUUGGCCGCUGCGCUGAUGGCUCCUCCAUGAGUUUCUUUAAAGUUGGUGAGGCCUACGCCGCAGCCCGGCCACGUGAUGUGCAAGCCCUCCAGCGGGAAGUCAUGCAGGGCGGGCCAGUGGAGGUGGCCUUCUUCGUAUUCUCAGACUUCAUGAGCUACAGGAGUGGUGUCUACUUCCGAACCCCGGGUGCUUAUGGACCUUUGGGAGGACAUGCAGUCCGCCUACUUGGUUGGGGAACGCAGGAGGAGUUGAAGAAGGAACCCGUGGACUACUGGCUCCUGGCCAACUCUUACUCACCCCUGUGGGGGAUGCACGGGCUCUUCAAGAUGCGUCGUGGGCAGAACGAGUGUGGCAUCGAGUCAACCCCGGCCGCUGGCACGCCAGACUUGGACACCCUUUUCCCAGUAAAGGCUGAGGAGAGUUGA